UGGUCGACUCUUGAGGAUUAUACCCCCUCCAAUAAAAUAUUACAAAUUAUGCAAAAAUUUGGUAUACUUUCCAUGAAAGGAAUACAAAAAAGCUUCACCUAAAACUCGCUUGUAAUUUGUAACCCCCACCAUAAUCAAUUAAUCAUCCCUCUCACACACACACACAUCUCUCUAAUCCCAAAUUUCUUCGUAAUCCUAAUUUGUUACAAAAUUGCGAUUCUCCAAGAUGAUGGAGAAAGGUCUUCAGUAGGCGGAUUACGUUUGCGUGUGGUUUGUUCUACUGUAGAGCAAAUUUGACGUUGAAUUCAACAAUGUCGGUGAGGCAUGGAGGAUCCAAACCGUAGAAUCGAGCUUGAAAUGUGCCAAUUCGCCUUGUUCGACUACUUUGUCUUCUAAACUUAUUCUCCGAAUUCCAGAAGCUUCAGUUAAUAAAUAAUCCGAGCUCUCCGAAUUCCUCAGCUACAAAAGUAGAAAUUAGCAAGAAUACCUUUUCUCCAAGAGUUCGACAAUGGAUUCUGAGAGAUUGAAAGAGAAUGUUACAGUUACAGUCCGAUUCCGGCCUCUCAGUCCGAGGGAAAUACGACAAGGGGAGGAGAUUGCAUGGUAUGCCGACGGAGAAACAAUUGUGCGGAAUGAGUAUACUUCCUCAAUAGCUUAUGCAUAUGAUCAAGUUUUUGGGCCUACAACCACUACACGUCAUUUGUAUGAUGUUGCAGCUCAACAUGUUGUUAGUGGUGCUAUGGAAGGCAUUAAUGGAACUAUAUUUGCAUAUGGUGUGACAAGUAGUGGGAAAACUCAUACUAUGCAUGGAAAUCAGAGGUCCCCUGGAAUUAUUCCAUUAGCAAUAAAACAUGCUUUCAGUAUCAUUCAAGAGACCCCAUGUCGCGAAUUUCUCCUUCGCCUCUCAUAUUUGGAAAUAUACAAUGAGGUUGUUAAUGACUUGUUGAAUCCAGCUGGACAAAAUCUAAGAAUAAGAGAGGACACUCAAGGAACCUUUGUUGAUGGUGUAAAAGAAGAAGUUGUAUUAUCUCCUGCCCAUGCCCUUUCCAUUAUUGCAGCAGGAGAAGAGCAAAGACACGUUGGUUCCACAAACUUAAAUCUUCACAGCAGCAGAAGUCACACAAUAUUUACAAUGACAAUCGAGAGUAGCCCAUGUGGUGAUAAUAAUGAAGAUGAGGCUGUUAACUUGUCACAACUUAACCUCAUAGAUCUAGCUGGCUCCGAGAGCUCUAAAGCUGAAACUACUGGUAUUCGUAGAAAAGAAGGGGCCUAUAUUAAUAAAAGCCUCCUAACUCUUGGAACUGUUAUAUCAAAACUAUCAGAUGGAAGGGCUGCUCAUAUACCAUACAGAGACUCAAAGUUGACCAGACUUCUUCAGUCUUCUUUAAGUGGUCAUGGAAGGGUAUCUCUUAUUUGCACUGUUACUCCCUCUUCAAGCAAUUCAGAGGAGACACACAACACAUUGAAAUUUGCACAUCGAGCAAAACACAUUGAAAUUAACACAUCACAAAACAAGAUUAUUGAUGAAAAAUCCCUUAUUAAGACAUAUCAAAAUGAAAUCAGAUGUUUAAAGGAGGAGUUGGAUGAGUUGGAGAGAGAAAUUGUAACAGUUCCUCAAUUGAAGCAUACUGGAGCUAAAGAUGCUUUGUUAAGUCAAAUACAAAGUCUCACAAAAUUGAUUUUAGUUUCCACCAAAUCUUCUCAUCAAUCUGAUCCAGUAAUCAGAUAUUCUUUUGGGGAAGAGGAGCUUGUGUAUCUCCCUGAAAGAAAGCGGGACUUAAGUUUAGAUCAUGAGAACAUUGAUUUGCAUGUUUCUAUUAAUGGAGGCAUAGAAACAAAAGAAGACAAAAAGAUAAAGAAGCCUGGACUUCUUAAGUGGUUAAAACCACAGAAACGAGAUGGUUUGACUUUGACUUUGACUAGUGGUAGUGAUAAAUCAAGCACACCUUCAACUCCUGCAAGUAGUCAUAUUCUUCCUACUGUUGAAUCUAGACCUUCAUACUCUUCACUCUCAGAAGCUACAUCUGUUGGCUUUUUAUUAGAACACAAACAAGAUCUAGAUAUCAACAAGGAGGUUGAAGUCGCAUAUAGUGAAGUAAUCGAAGAGCAACUAACCCAAAAGAAUAACGAAUUAAAAGGACUUGAUGAAACAAUCACAUCCUUGAAACAACAACUUGGUUCAGAAAAAAACACAGAUACAAAUGAUUCACUUGAGAUCGAACACCAACAACUGAAAGAAAAAAUAGUCAACCUUACAGAGUCAAAGGAGAGAUUAGAAUCCGAAAACACAAGACUAAAAGAACAAAACUCAUACGCAAAAGAAUUAGCUUCAGCAGCUGCAAUGGAGCUCAAUAUCCUAUCUGAAGAAAUCAUAAAACUAAUGAACCAAAACGAGAAACUAUCAGCUGAGUUGGCAGCACACAGUAGUAACAGUAAUUCUAAUUCCCCAAGAAAUACGACUAAGAGGAAUGGACAUAGAAAAAGUGUGAGUCAAUUGGAGUUAUUAAAGAGAGAAGUCGCAAUGAGUAAAGAGAGAGAAACGGCUUAUGAAGCUGUUUUGUCUGAAAAAGCUGAAAGAGAAUCUGAAUUGGAACAAAUGGUGAUGGAAUCAAAUCAACGUGAGGAGUAUCUUGAAAAUGAGUUGGCAAAUAUGUGGAUUCUUGUGUCAAGGCUAAGAAAAUCGGAAGAUGUUGAAAUUGAUGCUUCUGAGUCGAGUAAAGAGAGUGGUUUUGAGAUCUCAGAGGACAUAUAAAAGGAUUUGUACAAAAGGGAAUUUUUUUUUUUUUUUUAAACUUUUAUUAGCUUAAUUUGUGCUUGCAAUUUGUAAAUAAAUAAUUGAGUGAGUUAGAGUUUUCUGGUUUGGGUUUGGGUAUAACU